AUGCUAUCUUAAUAAUGUUAAAAUUUUAUUCAAUUAAUUGAGAAUGGAUUAUCUUAUUAUGGAAGUUUAAUUUUGAGCUGGUAAGAUAACCAAUUCUUCAAAAUAAUGCUAUUUUAUAUAAAAAUUAUAAAUUUAGAAGACUUAAAACUUAUGAUUUUGCAAAUCAUCCUGAAAAACUUUGAACUAAGAAAUUUGAUAAAUUACUUGAACUUCUAUCUGUUCAAAAGAAAUAUGACAGAGAAAUAUUAUUUAUUUAUCUCUUCCAUCAAGAUUGAUUGAUCAUGACUGGAGAUCCCUCUUGAUUAAUCCAUCAAGAUUAUUAAAUCUAAUC